GCGAUCUAUUGCUUAUGAAUAUCAAAUAUCGAUCUAUAUGAUUUUUAGUUGACAAAUUCUUCUGCAAUUCGCUACCCAUGAGAUGCACUAAUUUUAUUCGGCCCUUUAUAGGAAUGGAGAUGAUAAUAACCAGUCAGUGCGUAGGAUUCUUCUUGAUGGAGAUCGAGAGCGCAGUAGCAAGGGCUCCAUUAAAACUUAAUUUGGUGUAACUAGAGGUCAUCUUGGCAAGAGAAAAAUUCUAGUUGGAUGGUGGGCCAGCGGAAAUUCAGAUUACUACGAAUGUCCGAUGUUAGGCUUUAGGACAAAGCGAUUUGUAGAGACAGAUAGGCUCCAAAAUUGAAGUAAAUGAAGAGGGCCUUAAGGCAUCACCUCCUUACACAACUUGGGCAGAAAUGAUACUUGCUCUUCCUCAAACUAAUAUAAAUACCUUGCUACCCUCACCAUCUUCUUCAAGCUCUCUCCAUUCCCUCUUCGAGUAAAAAAAACUUGUCAUCGGCAACUGUUUUCCAGAGCAGGAUGGAGUUCUCAGAGUCCCAAAGGAACAAGUGUGCAGCUUGCUACAGACAAUUCAACAGGUUGGAGCACCUGGUUGAUCACAUGAGGACCUCGUAUCACUCGGUUCAUGAGCCAACCUGUGGAAUUUGUAAGAAACACUGCAGAUCUUUUGAAUCUCUCAGGGAGCAUCUCAUAGGGCCGUUGCCAAAAGUGGAAUGCGCAAGAAUAUUCAGUGUCCGCGGAUGCAACCUCUGCUUAGAUAUCCUUGGCAGCCCUAAUGCACUUAGGGCUCAUCGAGGGACAUGCCAACUUUCACGCGGAAACACCGGAGCGCUGCUUUCUCGCAUGGCUAACCUAGGUAUUCAGGAUGACCUGAAUAGCAGAACAAGAGGCUCAAAGGUGGUUGCACUGGGCUGCAAAAUGGUAGGGGGUGGAACCGAUGGCUCGCUGGAUCUUUGCGCAAGGGUUUGCCUCAUCGAUGAAUAUGAAAACAUCAUCUUUCAUACUUAUGUCAAGCCCCAAAUUCCAGUCACAAACUACAGGUAUGAAACCACAGGGACAAGGCCCGAAUUCUUGAGGGAUGCAAUGCCAGUGAAGCAAGUCCAAAGAAAAAUCCAAGACUUCCUUUGCAAUGGAGAGCCCAUAUGGAAGAUUCGUUCUAGAGGUGGAAAAGCUAGGAUUCUCGUGGGUCAUGGUUUGGAUCAUGACCUGGACUGUCUACAAAUGGAGUACCCAACGCUAAUGAUCAGGGACACAGCUAAGUAUCCUCCAUUGAUGAAAACAAGCAAGCUCAGCAACUCACUGAAGUAUCUGACACAAGCAUACCUCGGGUAUGACAUCCAAACUGGCAUACAAGAUCCUUAUGAGGAUUGUGUUGCAACAAUGAGGCUUUACAUGAGAAUGAGAUCCCAAAGUCAUAAAAUAGAGGACUACCCGCUCGCGUCUGACCCGCAGAACCGAAACAACUUUGCAUCAGGGAGGCAAAGUGAGCUAGAGAGGAUGACCCCAGAUGAAAUGUUGGAAAUCUCCAGGUCUGAUUACUAUUGUUGGUGCCUGGACACGAAGGAAGGCUCCUGAAUAUUGAGGCCAGCCAACUUGUUUCAAGGAGCUGGACACAUAUGUAUGGUACUAAUGUUGGACGUCAAAUUCCAUGAAGUUUAAUGCAUGACCUUACCAAAUCAUAAAUAAACAUGGGAAUGAUAUAUGCCAUUUCCAUUGAAUGAUGUUUAAAGUUGUGCUGCAUGAACAAAACUCAUCUAGCAUAGUGAUACUACAUGCAGGUUUCCUUAAUGAAUAAAAUGUUAUGUAGUACUGUCCAAA